AUGGACCGUAGAACGAGAGCGAGCUCUGAAUUGCGAGUGGACUCCGGGAAGGUCGUCUACUUCACCGCCCUCUUCCCCUACGCCGUGUUGCUCAUCCUCUUCAUCAGGGGCGUGACUCUCGAGGGCGCGUACAAGGGCGUGGAGUUCUACCUGCUGCGCCCCAACAUCUCCCGCCUGGGCGAGAUCGAGGUCUGGAACGACGCCGCCACGCAGAUCUUCUACUCGCUCGGCUCGUCCUUCGGAGGCCUCAUCACCCUCGCCUCCUACAACAAGUUCAAGAAUAAUUGCAUGAGGGACGCCAUCAUCAUCGCCUUCUCCAACUGCUCGACGUCCGUGUUCGCCGGCUUCGUCAUCUUCAGCAUCCUGGGCUUCCUGGCGACGGAGCUCGGCGUGGAGGUGCAGGACGUCGUGUCCUCGGGCUCCGGCCUGGCCUUCGUCGUGUACCCGGCCGCCGUGACGCGCAUGCCCGUGUCGCCGCUCUGGGCCAUCCUCUUCUUCGCGAUGUUGAUCACGCUCGGCCUCGACUCGCAGUUCACGAUGGUGGAGACCCUGAGCACCGCCCUCUUCGAUCAGUUCGAGUCCCUGCGGUCGCGGAAGCCCCUGGUGGUGUUCAGCGUGUGCUUCGGUCUGUUCCUGGCGGGGCUGACCAUGUGCCUCGAGGGCGGCAUCUACAUGUUCGAGCUGUUCAACUGGUACUCGGCCGGCCUGUCGGUCAUCAUCCUGGCCAUCACGGAGAUCGUGGUCGUGCAGUACUUCUACGGUUUCAAAAACUUCAUGAGGAACAUUCGUGAAGAAAUGAACAUCUACAUGCCUCUGCCCCUUUACGGAUACUGGGCGGCAACUUGGCUUGUUAUCACACCUGUCUCUCUUGGGGUGAUCUUCCUCAUGUCGAUUUACUACUUCGUGCCCGCCUACUGGGGCGACUACACGUACCCAGGCUACAUCCAGACCCUCGGCUGGUUCAUCUGCGUGUCGUCCAUCAUCUUCAUCCCGCUGGGCGCCGUCUACGCCGUGUGGAAGGGCGACAAGAGGGGCAGUGAGCUGAUCAAGGCGUCGCCCGAUUUCUGCCCGCACCACAUUCGCAAGCUGAGGGAGUCGAAGGGCGCCGCCGCCAAGGGCCAUCCCGAGGGCGUGUUCAGGUACACUUACGACAACGAGGGAUACCAGGAAGGGGCGGCGAAGGUCUACCCAACAAUACCAACAGAAGACGUGCCCCCCCCGUACUCCAACGGCAGCAGCGGAUACUCCAACCACAUGUAAAAGAAAACGUAUUUCUGAAGAGGGUAGACGAAAAUUUUAUGGUCCACGAUAUCAGGUUCCCUUUGCUUGCACGGGCAAAGUAUUUUUUAGAUAUGGAAUCCGUUUUCUAUACUCCCAGGCAUGCAAUGGGAGAUGUACUUUUAUAUAUCAAAUAUAGUAAGCCAGUAUAUUUUUUCAAGUGAUAGUGUCCAAAUGCGUGCAAAAUUGUGUUCAUUGAAAGUAUUUUGGAAUGUAUGUGAUAUCGUACGCAUGUGAUUUUAGUAUGUUUUAAUAAUUCGGAUUGAAUGUUAUGACUCUCAGGGCACUCAUGUGUGUUUUUUUUCUGUAGGAUUUUAAAUUUCAUUUGACAGUGUGAUAUUGCAACGUCGGUUAUGCACUAUCUUAAUGAUAUUCGAAGAAAUAUAAAUCCAUUCCAUUUUUUCGUUUGGAAAUCCCAAAAAUAUCAUAUAAAUUGAGUUAGUAAGCUGUAAUUUUCUUUCUCGCGCACUAUCUAGAAAACUAAGAUAUAGAGAUAUAUUGUGUGUAUUAGUGUAUGGAAGCGUCUCCUGUGUACAUUUAGAAUGUGUGCGUGUGUAUCUGUACCUGUUCUUAGUGUUAGAAUGGUACAUGCGAAUACCUAUAUGAUGUAUGUGUAGGAAAGGAUUUUAUUAAUACGCGUUGUCUGUAUAGCAAAUAAGUAUAUUUUUAGAUUGCAUUAUAUAAACUAUGUAAUGUGGUGUCCCUUUAAAUGCCGUCCAGUGACUUGUUGUAUAGAUCCUUUUAGGUAUAUAUAUAUUUUUUGACUGCCAAACCUGACAUCAGAGUGUAUAAUAAUAGAUAAAAAAACAGGUUUUCGGCGUCACGAAUUUUUAUUUGUAUAAAAUGUACAAGUGGCUGAAUAAAUGCAACUACUUAGAAUA